ACAGUCCUAACACAGAAGUUCACUCUGGACUGGGCUGAAGGCAGAACCAACCAGGACAUCCAGUUCCUGCUUCCAUUCACCUUCAGACAGAUGAAUGUGCUGAGAGAGGAGAAGUUCAGCUUGGUGGAACUAGUUCAUCACUUCUUCACUGAAACCAGAGGAAUCUGCAGCUUUGAAGAGUUCCAGGUCGUGUUCAUCUUUGACGGUCUGGAUGAGAGUCGACUUCCUCUGGACUUCCACAACAAUGAGGUCCUGACUGAUGUUACAGAGUCCACCUCAGUGGAUGUGCUGCUGACAAACCUCAUCAGGGGGAACCUGCUUCCUUCUGCUCGUCUCUGGAUCACCACACGACCCGCAGCAGCCAAUCAGAUCCCUCCUGAGUGUGUCUCCAUGGUGACGGAGGUCAGAGGGUUCACUAACCCACAGAAGGAGGAAUACUUCAGGAAGAGGUUUAGAGAUGAGGAGCAGACCAGCAGGAUCAUCUCCCACAUCAAGACAUCACGGAGCCUCCACAUCAUGUGCCACAUCCCAGUGUUCUGCUGGAUCACUGCUACGGUCCUGGAGAACGUCCUGGAGAACGUCCUGGAAACCAGAGAGGGAGGGAAGCUGCCCAAGACCCUGACUGAGAUGUACAUCCACUUCCUGGUGGUCCAGGCCAAACUGAAGAAGGCCAAGUAUGACGGAGGAGCUGAGACGGAUCCACACUGGAGUCCAGAGAGCAGGAAGAUGGUGGAGUCUCUGGGAAAACUGGCUUUUGAGCAGCUGCAGAAAGGAAACCUGAUCUUCUAUGAACCAGACCUGAGAGAGUGUGGCAUCGAUGUCAGAGAGGCUUCAGUGUACUCAGGAGUGUUCACCCAGAUCUUUAGAGAGGAGAGCGGCCUGUACCAGGACCAGGUCUUCUGCUUCAUCCAUCUGAGUGUCCAGGAGUUUCUGGCUGCUCUUCAUGUCCAUCUGACCUUCAUCAAGUCCGGAGUCAACCUGCUGGAGGAACAAAGAAACACCUCCACGUGGUUUAAAACCAGAGCCGUGACUGACUUCUAUCAGAGGGCUGUAGAUAAGGCCUUACAGAGUCCAAACGGACACCUGGACUUGUUCUUCCGCUUCCUCCUGGGUCUUUCAGUGGAGACCAAUCAGAACCUUCUACGAGGUCUGAUGAAAUCAAAACAAAGAAGUUCACAGAACAAUCAGGAAACUAUCAAACACAUCAAGGAGAAGAUCAGUGAGGAUCUGUCUGCAGAGAGAAGCAUCAACCUGUUCCACUGUCUGAAUGAACUGAACGAUCGUUCUCUGGUGAAUCAAGUCCAACGGUCCCUGAGGUCAGGACGUCUCUCCACAGAUAAACUGUCUCCUGCUCAGUGGUCGGCUCUGGUCUUCAUCUUACUGUCAUCAGAAGAUCUGGAGGAGUUUGACCUGAAGAAGUUCUCAGCUUCAGAGGAGGUUCUACUGAGGCUGCUGCCGGUGGUCAAAGCCUCCAAGAAAGUUGUACUGAGUGGCUGUAACCUCUCAGAGGACAUCUGUCCACUUCUGUCCUCAGUUCUCAGCACUCAGUCCUCCAGUCUGACAGAACUGGACCUGAGCAACAACCACCUGCAGGAUUCAGGACUGGAGCAGCUGUGUCCUGGACUGGAGAGUCCACACUGUAAACUGGAGUCUCUCAGGCUGUCAGGCUGUCUGAUCUCAGAGGAAGGAAGUUCUUCUCUAGUCUCAGCUCUGAGCUCCAACCCCUCCCACCUGAGAGAGCUGGACCUGAGCUACAACCAUCCAGGGGAGUCAGCAGGGAAGCUUCUGUCUAGACUGGAGGAUCCCCGCUGGAGACUGGACACUCUCAGGGUGGAUCCUGCUGGACAACGAUUUCUGACACCAGGUCCGAGGAAGUAUUCCUGUCAACUCACCUUCGACACAAACACAGUCCACAAAUACAUCAAACUGUCUGAUGACAACAGGAAGAUGAUGUUUGUGGGGGAGGAUCAGUCAUAUCCUGAUCAUCCAGACAGGUUUGAUCGUCCUCAGCUGCUGUGUAGAGAAGUUCUGACGGGUAGCUGUUACUGGGAGGUCCAGUGGAGCGGAACAGUUUGUGUAUCAGUGAGUUACAGAAGAAUCAGCAGGAAAGGAAAGUCUGGUGACUGUAGGUUUGGAGGAAACGAUCAUUCCUGGAGUCUGGACUGUUAUCCAGGUGAUCAGUACCGUGUCCGUCACAAUAACAGAGAAACAUCCAUCACCUCCUCAUCUCCAUCUUCAUUCUCUGGCAGAGCAGCAGUGUACGUGGACGUUCCUGCUGGAACUCUGUCCUUCUAUGAAGUCUCUGUCUCUGACAGACUGAUCCACCUCCACACCUUCAACACCAGCUUCACUGAACCUCUCUGUGCUGGAUUUGGAUUCUGGGCCUGGUCCAGGUCUGGUUCCUCAGCGUCUCUGUGUCCAGUUUAGUCUCCAGAGUCUCCUGUCAGAGAAACUGUCUCUGUUGGAUCCUGGACUUGGACUCUGGUUCUGGUUCCUCAGUGUCUCCAUUGUUGGGCGUCGCCCAUGUGAACUCUGGACUUAUAAAUGUGUAUGAACAUUUUUGUGAAUGUGUAUAUUUGAAACUUUGAAACUGCUCAGCUGAAAACCGGCUGCAAUGUGCCUCCUGGUGAUCUCGGCCGAGAUAGUCCGUUUACGACCCCCACGGCCUAGCUCGAGAUAGUAAGUUUACGACACCUAGGAGGGGGGUCAGGCGCAGUAUAGCCCCCACAAACCCAGCAGGGUUCCUGCCAGACCUGGAGGAACAAAGGAAAAGACAACGCAAAGGGACCAGGAACAGACUCCCUGGGGUGACGACACCAGGGGGGGUUCAGACUAAAUGGAGCCCCAGGAAGCGAGCCCUGAAGGGGGGGACUGUCCCUCUCAGUAAAACCGCCCCAAGCCCAAAAGCGGGAAGCACCCAAUCACUUGUCAGGGGCUGGUGACAUCACGCAGCCCGCGGAACUCAAACUCCCGUCCUGCCCAGUGCUCACUCUCUCUCCCUCAGCCAGCGGACCGGACAAGACGUGCCUGCCGACGGUGCAGCCGCUGCCGCAUCUACUCCCCGAGAGCCUGGGGUGGGGGGGGAGCCGUUCCGGACCUGCAUUAACAGGCCGGGCGUAAAAUCCGAUACCAGAGCACGGCGCUCUCAACUCUUUCUGUCUGCUAACUCCUUUCUUCCUUUGAGCACUUUCUCCACACCAGGGACCGUGCGUCCAGGAAGAUUGCUCCGCCAGAACCCGCUGUAGAAGCUCCAGCCUUGGACCCGCGAACCCCUCCCGCAGCCCUGCGACACACAAGGGACGUGAGCCGACGUUCCGAGGGAGGAACCGGCCCCCCCGUCGCAACGAGGCCGGUGUUGAGGCCGCGGUCAGGACCAGAGAGCCGGCGUGAGGCGCCGCUGCAGCAACUGUUGCCCUUUUCUCUUUGAAGUAGGAGCAGGACAGAGACUGAGGGACCGCUCGCUAUCGGAGCAUCCCCGCCAGAAGCGAUCGGCGGUGGGGUCAAAGCUGAACCGGACCUCUCCGACACCGGGAACCCCGGCAGGAACCCGGUCACCACCGACAGAGCCCGCAGAUCCAGAAUCCAGAGGAGACGUGAGGUGGCGUUUGGGCGAUCAGUCAGUUAGAACGGUGUAAAGCUGAACUUAUGUUUAAUGAGAUUACUGUAUGCGUAUUACUGUACGUUAUCAUUAUUGUGUUCUUUAUCAUCUUUAUUAUUAUUACAUUUGAUUCUUUUCUUUUCAUUCCAUGCAUUUAACGUUUAUGUUGCAUUUUAUUGAUUGUUGUUUUUCUAGUUAGGUAAUGGUUUUGUAAUAAGGUAGUUUUGCCAUCGGGAUUUAUUGGGUAUUUAUUUACCAUCUUUUGAUACCCGUAUGUGAAUAAAUCCUGAUUGAUUUUUUUUAACGAGUGGUUGUUGUUAUUUCAUGCAAGAUUUGGUCACAAAUUGAUUUGUUUAAGCAGAGCCUAGUGCUCGAAUUUCACCCUUCAAUUACUGUAUACUAGGCAUAAACCUUAAUUUCUGAGACUGAUAUUCUGCUGUAAAAGUUAUCAUUUCCCUGCUUAAGGAACAGGGUGGUGCCCCGAGGAUUUUAUCAUAUUGGUCAUUCAAUUUGAUAAAUAGUCAACUUUAUUAAUUAUUAAUAAUUAUUAAUAAAAUUAUUAAUAACCCUUCGAUAACUAAUCAGCCAAGCUACCCGAGUGGCACAACACCAUGAUGAUGAUGAUGAUGAUGAUGAUGAUGAUGAUGAUGAAGAAGAAGGAGAUGAUCACUGUUUAUCUUUAGUUUUUUGGUUUAUUGUAUUUUUAUUUGAUCUUUUUCCACAUUUAAAUAUUAAAUAAUUUACUGGAUUGUUGAUGUUUGAUCAUAAAUUAGAUUUUUAUCUCAUUAUUCUUGUUUUAUUCUUGAUUCUGUCUCUAGAUGUUUUCAUGUUUAACUUCAUGUUUAGAUUCUUAAAGUCUUUCUUCCCUGAAAGAAAGUUUGAGCUUCAAAUCUAAACAUUUCCAUCUUACGUUCAACCUUUCCAGUUUGUAUAAUAUUUGAUUGUUUCAUCUGAUUGUUUUAAUUUUAUUCGUUCAGUUUUCAAAGUGGUUGAUGUAAAAAAUUAAGUGAGAAGAUGGAAAUAUUCAUGCAACAUCCAACAUGUAAAAACAUCAGCAACAUGUCUACAUGUUGCUGAUGUAGACAUCCCAGCUACACCCCAGCUCGGGCUCUGAGGUCUGUGGACCAGAACGUGCUGAUGGUACCUCGUACUUGUUUCCGGACCAGAGGAGACCGAUCCUUCCAGGCCGUUGCUCCCAGGCUUUGGAACGAUCUUCCGCUCUCUCUGCGUUCCAUGGAGUCUGUUGACUCCUUCAAAAGGAAACUUACGACCUUUUUAUUUGUCCAUUUGUUUAUUUGUCUUGGGGCUGUAAUGAUCGUCAAUGGGUUGUCUUUGCCUUUUAAACUUAAAUUUGUAUGUAUCUUUUAACUGUGUUUUUAUUGUAACUGUAAAGCGCUCUGAGACCAUGGUCUGUGAAGGGCGCUGUACAAAUAAAAUGUACUUACCAACUUA